AUCACUUCAUGGCGCGCUCUUCCCGCCGUCGGCCGCCUUUGGAGCGGUUCACGCCGCAGCGAUGGCCGCUCGCCCUGUCGCCGCGUCUCGCGGAUCACGGCAACUCCGCGGAUGCUCGUCUCUCCUCAGAUCCCCCCCCUCCUUGCCUCCGCCCAGUCGGGACGACCCUCCCCCAGCCCCAACCAGCCGCGCCCUGCAUGCCUUGCCGGCACUGGUACCACGCGCACGUGGUCCAGUGGGAUUGGGCGGAGCGGAACGGUGGGAGGGGCGCGGAAGCACCAGCGGAGCGUCAGAUGGAGGGUGAGGCUUGCACUUGCUUUUUCCCCUCCCCCGCCUCUUCGCACUCCCGCCCCGCUAUCGCCCCCUGUCUCCUCCUCUCGGCGCAUCCCCUCCCGCCCUCCAUGCUCACGUCACCUCUGCCCGCCGCCGUCCCUCUUCCCCACUCGCGGAGCCUCUGCCUCUCCGCGUGUCUCCUCCCCGCGGGCGCUGUCGCCCUCUGCUGCGCGUGCAUCUCGCGCGCCCUCCGCUCCCAGGCGCACUUCCUCCACCCGCACGCCCCUCCGCGCGCAGCCCCCAGCGCAAGGGGCGGAGGAGGGGACGCUGCCCGUUCAGCUGCCCGGCGGUUUGAGGGAGGGGGAGGGGGCGAGGGACAAGUGUGAGGGGGAGGAGAGCAGAGCAGGGGAGGAGCAGACGGAAGUGAUGCUGGCGAAUGGGUGCGUCGGUGCACAGCAAGUGAUGCAGAGUGCUGUCACCCUCGCCCUCCCCCAUGCGCCCUCCCUCGCCCCCUCCCUGUUCCUCGUGCACGCCGUGAUGCCCCACCCGCCCCCACCAGCAGACCCCACAGCACCGCCUUCAACCGCUGAAAGGGAACGCCCAGAGGGUGAGCAACAGCAGCUUGUGCCGCCGCCGCUGUUGCCACAGCAGCAGCAGCAGCAGCAGCAGCAGCAGGAUGGUGAGAAGGAGGAGAGAGCGAGAGCAUGGUGGGGGAGGAGGGACGCGACGGGGCAGAGCACGUGGUACGACAUCGAGUACUGGCAGCAGCACGGCGUGGCGCUGCAGCACACCCACCAACCCCUGCUGGAACUAGUGCCCGCUCCCAAGGCGCCAGCCAUGGCUCGUCUCAUCGCCUCUGCACCAUCGCCAUCCUCCUCCUCUUCUGCGUCCCCUCCCCCCUGCCGCCGCAUCGUUGUCCCUGCUGAGUUGUGCUCCCUGCUCCUCUCGCUCCCCCAGCAUCGCUCCACCGCCGCCAACCCGUGCAACACACGCAGCAGCCCUGCUGCAUCGCCCGCCCCUCUACCUGCGCCCAUGCCCGGUGCCAGCAGCCCCAUCAGCGCAGCAUGGGUGCGCGCAGCAGCGGUGCUGCCGCUGACUCUCUGGCACAUUGCUGACCUGCUGUGCGUGUGGGAGCUAGCCUGCUCCCUGCACCUGCCGUCGCUGCAUCUCCCGCUGCUGCGCACGGCCAUCACCCCCCCAUCCGCAUGCAUUGGGGACCUCCGCACCAUCUACCCCCCUUGGGCUCCUCACCCCCCUCCUCUCCCAUCCCCCAUGCCACGAUCCACCCCCCCACCAUCACCGACCCCCUCCCCGCUCCUCCUCCGCGCCCCUCCAUCUUCGCUCCCCCCAAUCACCCGCCCUCUCCUGGAGCUGCUGGGUGACGCCUUUCUGAAGGUGGCUGCGGCGCUGUGCGUGCUGCUGCUGCACCCCACGGCAGGCCUCGAUGCUGCCGGCCUCAUGAUGCAGUGGUCCCCAACCGCUGCCUCGCUGCAUGCGCCCGUGCUUACGGCCUCCCCCCCUUCCUCCGUCUUCUCCCCUUCUCCUCUCCUCUCCUCCCCCUACCCUUGCCGCGGGGGAAAGGUGGAGGGGGAGGGGGAGGGGAAGCAAAUGGGGCAAGAUGCACGGGCGUGGCAGUGGGGAGAAGUGAAGAGCAACAGCAGGAGCAGCAAGAGAAAAGAGAGAAUGGGGAAGAAAUGGGGAGAAGGGGGUCGGGAGAAGGUGCGCAGGUCACAGGGAGCGAGGAGGACGAGAGGGCGGUGUGUGCAUGUGUGUGCUCGCAUCCGCACGCACACAGGUCGUUUCUUGAGGCGCCUCAAGGCACGGUACUGCCUCGUGCGCCAUGGCGUGAUGGGCACACACGGGCACGCGGGGCACGCACAGGAGGGUGGGAAGAUGCUGCACUACGUCAGUGCGCUGAAGCAGCACGUGCUAUCCCACGAGUCCCUGGCUGCUCUCGCCAUCUCAUCGGGUCUGCACCGCCACUACCGCACCGCCGCCCCUCUCCCCGCACGCCACAUCGCCGCCUUCCACGCGUCCCUCGCACCGCCCCCAGUGGCGGCAGCACACGCGCAUGGGGAGGUGCGCGGCCUCAAUGAUCGGGCAGCGGGGGGAUGUGGGGCGGAAGGAGGAGCAGGGGAGGGGCGGGGAGGAGGGGUGGAGGGAGCGGAGGGCGUGGCGGUGCAGUGGGUGGUGAGCGCCCCGCGUGCGCUGUCGGAGCUGGUGCAGGCGCUGGCGGGCGCCGUGUUCAUGGAUGCGCACAGGCACACUGCUGCCGUGUGGCAGGUGUUCCUGCCGCAUCUGCUCCCGCUGUUCCCCCCGUGCCCUUGUCCGCCCCACCCCAUGACGGAGCUGCAGCACCUGUGCACGCGCAAACAGUGGCCACUGCAGAUCAAAAUGACAACGGAUCGCAUCCCUGCUGCAUGCCUGCCCGCGCUCAUGCGCAUGGCUGAGCAGGGGUCGGCAUCCACUGCCGUACCACCUUUGCCAGCACCAUCGUCGCUGUCACCGUGGGCGCCAGCAUUUGUGCCACAGUCAGGACAAUCAACAGCAGCACAGCCGCCAUCGCCAUCACCAGUAGCCCCAGCAUUUGUUCCACUAUCACCAUCAGCAGCAUCAGCAGCACAACCAUCGCUAUCGCCGUUGGCACCAGCAUUCAAAUCCCAAUCCCAUGAGUCACCAUCAGUAGCAUCAGCAUCACCAGCAUCAUCAGGGUUAGGAGGGAGCGUACAGGCAUGGGAGGAUAAGCCUAGAGAGAGGGGUGAAAGGGGAGGGGAGGCAGCAGCCGGGAGGGUGGAGGAGGUGCAGGGGAUGGCAGAAGAGGUGGAGGUGGUGCGGGCGGCAGUGGAGGUGGAGGGGCGGUGUGUGGCGGUGGCAGCCGCCACUGCUCUGCUGCCGGGUGUGCCCUGCUCUGUGCUGGAUGGCCAGGCCGCCAGGCGGGCUGCUGCUGCCACGGCGCUGAGGGCACUGCAGCACUGAGUGGUGUGCGCCUGUCUGCUGUGCGAGCGCGCGCCGGCACAUGUGUCUUUCUGGGGGUUCAGUUCAGAUGCGAUUGUGAGCUGCCACCAUUUUCCCUUGCAUCGUCGUGGCCUUUGUUUAGAAAACACGCUGAGCGCCAGACAGGCCACGAUGUGUGAAUUGAGGGGGCCACAUCAGGAGCCUCAUGACUGAGAGCACGCCAGUGGCUGCCAGUGGCUGCCAGUGGGUGGGGUUGUCAGGUCAGUGCAUCAUGGUUCUCACCACCACUGCCCGCUGUGCAUGCCUCAUGCAUCUGGGUAAUGAGCCCCAAUUCAACGUUUCUAGCAUCUUACCAAUCGUUCGCUGAUGCAUCCACAU